AUGGCGUCCGUGGUGCUGAGCGAAGCGGAGAAGCUUUACAUCGUGCAUGGCGUCCAGGAGGACCUUCGUGUAGAUGGUCGCAGCUGUGAAGACUACAGAUGCGCAGAAGUAGAAACAGACGUUGUAUCAAACACAAGUGGAUCUGCAAGAGUAAAGCUGGGACACACUGAUAUCUUGGUAGGUGUAAAAGCUGAAAUAGGGACACCAAAGUUGGAGAAACCAGAUGAAGGUUACCUGGAAUUCUUUGUUGACUGUUCUGCAAAUGCUACUCCUGAAUUUGAAGGCCGUGGAGGAGAAGAGCUUGGCACAGAGAUAGCAAAUACAUUCUACAGAGUAUUUAGCUGCGAGAGCACUGUAGACUUGAAAUCACUUUGUAUUAAUCCCAGAGACCACUGCUGGGUUCUCUAUGUUGAUGUCCUGUUAUUGGAGUGUGGUGGGAACCUCUUUGACGCAGUCUCUAUCGCAGUGAAGGCAGCUCUCUUUAACACAAGGAUACCCAAAGUGCGUAUUCUGGAGAGUGAAGAAGGCUCUAAAGAGAUUGAGCUGUCUGAUGACCCUUACGAUUGUAUGCGACUUAACGUGGACGAGGUGCCCUGCAUCGUCACAUUAAGCAAAAUUGGAUAUAGGCAUGUAGUAGAUGCCACCCUUCAGGAGGAAGCCUGUUCUUUGGCCAGCCUGCUUAUUUCUGUGACCAGUAAAGGCGCCCUCACUUCUAUUAAGAAACUGGGGAAAGGUAGCCUUGAUCCUGAAAGUAUUUUUGAAAUGAUGGAGGUAAGGAGUUUGGAGCAGUUACUGAUGAUACUGCGUGAACUGGAACUUGAGUAUGUGAAAAACUGCA